AGCUCGCGCUCACGUUUGAUUUCUGAAUUGCGCUACAAUGUGCGCUCUGAACCUUGACAUUGGUUCCUUCGAGAAGAGGUUAGCUAAAUUAUAUGCAGAUUGGGAGGAUUUCAAUAGUCAACUUCAUGAUGUAGAGUCUAUAAUUGUACCAGCUGGGAAGGUGGAUAGUGUAUACGGAAAAACCUUAUCACUACACAUGUGGCUUUUUGGAUAUGAGUUGCAAGACACUGUAAUCGUAUUCAAUAAACAGUCGAUGAUUGUGUUGUGUGGGAAAAAAAAGUUGGAUUUCUUACAUCCCUUAGAAAACCGUCAUUUUGGCAACCGCACAGUCGUUCUAAUCCCAAGAAAUCCAGCUGACAAAGAUAAGGCAGGCCUAAAGAAGCUAGUUGAUUGUAUCAAGUCCGGUGCAAAGAAUAAUAAAGUGGGUCACUUGGCCAAAGAUAAAUUCAUAUCAGAGCUCACUGAAUCCUUCAUGUCAUCCUUGCAAGAGGAAAAAUUUCAACUUGUUGACAUCUCUAACUCCAUCAGUGAAAUCCUAGCUACCAAGGAUGAAACAGAAUUAAUACUGUUGAAGAAAGCUUGUGAUAUUACAUGCAAUCUUUUCACUAAACACUUAAAAGAGCAAAUUAUGGACGUCAUUGACUCAGACAGAAAAGUUAAACAUGAAAAGCUUUCUAGUGGUUGUCAAACCGCACUAAGAAACUCAAAUAUUCUGUCAGGUUUAGAUCCUGAUAAUGUAGAAAUGUGCUAUGAUCCAAUUAUUCAGAGUGGAGGAACGUAUAAUCUUAAAUUUAGUAUUGAAAGUGACACCCGGACUCUUCAUUUCGGGAUUAUUAUUUGCUCCUUAGGAGUGCGUUAUCAGUCCUAUUGUUCUAAUGUAAUCCGUUCUCUUAUGGUCAAUCCUACAGAUGAGCAGUCUGCUAAUUACACUUAUUUACAUGAUCUAUUUGAUUGGUGUAUAGAACAAAUUAAACCGGGUGUUAAAAUAUCAGAUUUCUGUCAGGCUAUUGCAAACAAAGUGUCGACUGAACGUCCUAAAUUAGCUGAAAACCUCCUACGCAACUACGGAUUUGUAACAGGGAUUGAAUUUCGAGACAGUAAUUUAUUAUUAUCACCUAAAUCUGCAUCAACAUUUCGUCGAGGAAUGACACUGAAUUUCAAUUUAGGCUUCCAGAAUUUAAUAAACAGUCUUGGUAAAUCUCAAGCUGAGAAAAAUUAUGCACUUUGGUUAGGCGAUGUGCUAGCUGUUGGUGUUGGAAAUACCGGUGAGAAUUUAGUGUAUACUUUAACUGCAAAACGUCGACCGAAAUCAAUCAGCUUGUAUAUAAAAGAUGAAGAGGAAGAGGAAGAUGAUGAAGGAGAAGAAGACGAAGAAGAAGAGACUAGAAAUGUUGGAAAAAGGGAUACCAGCAGUAGACAUCCACAGAGUGCACGUUCGACAAAUGGUACUAGUGCAGUUGCUAUUUCCAAAAAACAAUCUAUCCCAAAUGGUGAUGGCAGUGUUGGUGUGAAUGCUGCACAAGAAUUAUUGGGUCGCGGACAUCGUCGUGCUAUUAUUGAACAGAAAACUCGAAAUGAACAAACUGCUGAAGAGAAACGUAUGAGCCGCCGGCGAGAUCUAUUCCAAGAACUUGUAACAAGUUCUACAAAUCGUUUAACAGGAUUAAAAACGGAUACUAAUUUAGACACUAAAAUGAAAUCUAGCAUUGCUUAUAAGGGGGCUGGUCAAAUGCCUAAGGAAGAUGAUGUUCGUAAACUUCGACUUUUUGUUGAUAAGAAGUAUGAAACUGUUAUUUUGCCAAUUUUCGGACUUCCAACACCAUUUCACAUCAGUACAAUAAAGAAUGUGUCGACGUCUAUUGAAGCUGAUUAUACGUAUUUACGUAUAAAUUUCCAUCAUCCUGGUGCAUUAGUUGGCGCAAAAGAUACAGCCAGUUUCCAAAGUCCUGAAUCAACUUAUGUGAAAGAGAUGACUUAUCGUGCUUCAAAUGUACGUCGACAUGGUGAAGUUAGUAUACCAUCGACCAAUUUAAAUAAUGCUUAUCGUAUAAUUAAAGAAGUAUUAAAACGUUUUCGAUCCCGUGAAGCAGAGGAGAAAGAACGUGCAAAUCUCGUAGAACAAGAUGACUUAGUCGUAGAUCAUGCUAAAGGUUCUUUUCGUUUGAAGGAUUUAUACAUUCGUCCUAAUGUUGCAUCGAAAAGAAUAACAGGUACGCUAGAGGCUCAUUCAAACGGUUUCCGUUUCACUUCAGUUCGAGGUGAUCAAGUUGAUAUUCUGUAUAACAAUAUUAAGCAUGCAUUCUAUCAGCCAUGUGAUGGAGAAAUGAUUAUUUUACUGCAUUUCCAUUUAAAGAAUGCAAUUAUGUAUGGCAAGAAGAAGCAUACCGAUAUCCAGUUCUAUACAGAAGUUGGUGAAUUAACCACAGAUUUGAGUAAAACACAUUCUCGUAUGCAAGAUCGUGAUGAUUUAGAGGCGGAACAAAGAGAACGUGAAAUGAGAGAACAAAUUAAAAUGGCAUUUCGUUCAUUUGUGGAUAGAUCUGAGAACUUAGCACGUCGAUAUGAUCUAGAAUUCGAAACACCAUUCCGUGAACUUGGAUUUCAUGGAUGUCCUUUCCGAUCAACUGUACUACUGAUGCCUACAAGUAGUGCAUUAAUAAGUGUUGUUGAAUUACCUGCAUUCGUGGUUACAUUGGAUGAAGUUGAAUUUGUCAUGUUGGAACGUGUCAGCUUAUCGAUUCGUACAUUCGAUAUGGUGUUUGUUUUUAAAGAUUAUCAUAAAAAACCAGCAAUGAUUAAUUCAAUACCGAGUACUGCUUUGGAACUGGUUAAAGAAUGGUUGUUGUAAGUCGUAUUUUUUGUGUUUUUUUAUUGGUUUGUGUACUGCGAAUUGUUAAACCUUGAUAGAACGAUUAUAUCUUAUGGAGUUUCUAGUUGACCUACGGUAAAUUCUUUUUACAAACGAUUGAGGAUUCCCUCAAAUACGACUUGACUAAUGGCAACUUAAAUAAACUCGACAUCUGUCAAUUAAAAAAACUUCAACGUUAGUAAUCCACACUAACAGAGAAUAGGAGACUCCCAGAGCAACUUUAUUUUUUGUACGGAAGUUAAAAAUUGACAAGGAACAACUCUGUUUAUGUAGAAACUUGCACCGAUCUUAAAGGACAUGACAAAGUUAGUAAACUAAAGGCAAUAGCAACCUAUCAGAUAACAGCAAACGUUUUUGCGGGAAUAUAAAUUAGGGAAGUAGUAUUGAGAUUACCCUUCCAAGAAAGAACUAACAUGUAAUAGCAAAAAGUAAAUAACUUGAGUUCUCCUUAGCAUUCAUUAAACUGUAUAGUUGUAUACAAUCUAAACAUCACAUUCCCUCCUAUUUGGGGCUCGCCAGCUGGAUAUAUUUGCAUCUCAAUUUUGAUGUUCACACUAGUACUCGAAUUCGAUCUCCCUCUCUUGAGACACGCUCUACCCACCGAUAUACUAACUUGUUCAACAGGUAAGAUAUUUAUACCCUACUUAUAGGCACAAUUCAUCUGUUCCAUAAAACAUGUAAUAAAAUGGUCAUAUCGAAGCAAAUUACACAGUACGAAUAUUCCAAUAAAACUUAUUGGAAUUCAGUCCUCAUAUCAGCAAUGGGCUGACGUAAACUGUUACUAAUAACGUCUAUUUUUGUAAAACUCGGUUUGUCAUUUAUGUAAGCAUUAUGAGAAAUGUUGACACUUCAAUCUAACCGCUAGGGUGGUGUAGUACAGCUCGGUCAAGUAAAUCCGUAUUGUAAAUGACGUGUAUUUGCUGUGCUGUGCAAUGUCUGAUUCUGGUACUGAUAUACAAGCUCCGUUUACGUGAGCUCGAACCAGUCACUUGAGUGAGAAAACUUAUAUUGGCUAACCCAUGUCGAGAAAUAUCUGUACAUUCAUAUAUAUCCCGUAGAAAUUUAAGCCACAUGUUCAAAUAAUGGCGUGUCUCGUUCCUUAUAAAAGAGCUCAAAUGUUGACUAAUCACAUGCGCUCAUGUUUAGGAUGUCUAACUAUCCCACUUCUGUUUCCCUAGAAUUAAAAGAUAAUCCAGUAACUCGUAACAGUAUUGUAACUUAUUUACUCGAGAUUUGAAUGCAAACAACACUACUCGGUUGAUCAAACCAAAGUAAAAACGUAGUUGAAACCUGACGGGACUUGUUAGUGGAAAUUCUUGCAUUUUAACUUAAAAUUCAUUGUUUGUAAUCCAACUACAUUUAACAGUGUUUUUGUUAGGUUCGUUAACCUUGAGGAUACCACUGAUUCGACUUAUUCGGAACGGAACGAAGGCUCAGGAUUCAGAGAAUCAAUAGACUAUUCUGGUCCGUUGUCUUCGACUCAGCUAACUCGAUCAAGAAGUCUUGGUAAGGCGUAGAAGUGUAUUCUACAAGUAACAGCAGAUACCAAGCCAGAUCAGGCAGAUCAGAUCAAGCAUACAAGUCAAGCGUAUUUAUACAAAUAUAUAUCGAUUUUGUCAUAGGAAAUUUUUAAACAAUAAUCAAUGAGUCAUCAAUUGUCUGCUAUUUAAUCAACUGACUGCCAUUCAAAUAUUUAAAUAUUUAAUCGAUAUGAUAAAAUUACAAAAUAUGAGUUUUGAGGAUAUGUAGUCCCCAACAGUUUUAUUUUGACCCACGAUUUCUUUUUCUGUAAAGAACUGAAGUUCAACAAACGAAUGUAAACCAUUUUCCUAAUAAUUAUAUUUUAAUAAUGAAUGGAUAAUUUGAUAUUUAUACAAAAACUUGAUGCAAGAAAUAUCAUUUAUCUUAUUAACAAAAAAAUAUUCUUAUGCAUCAUAGAUCGUGUGAUAUCUUCUAUGCCGAAGCCUCAAAAUCACUUAAUUGGCCUAAACUUAUGAAAACUAUUCUUGAUGAUCCGGAAGGAUUUGUUGAACAAGGAGGUUGGUCAUUUAUAUCACCAGAUGAAGAUGACGAUGAAGAUGAAGAGGACACGGAAGAUGAAGAUGAGAAUUAUGCACCGUCAGAAAGUGAGCUAUCUGGCGAUGGUGAGGAAGAUGGAAGUGGCGAUGAGUCUAGCGGUGAUGAUGAGGAUUGGGAAGCUGAAGAAGAAUCGGAUGAACCAGAAAGUUUAGACUCAGAUGAAUCAGAAGGAAAAGAUUGGGAUGAAUUAGAAGAAGAAGCUAGAAAAGAGGAUGCUAAAAAUGAAAUACCCGACACAGUACAUCCAAAGAAACGUCAACGAGCCCAUAGUCCGUCACCAGUAUCGCAUAAGAAAUCUCGUCAUGGAACAAAAUCCCCAAACAAGAAAAAUAAACGUUGAUAGAAACCAAAUUAUUUUAUUUGAUUAAACAACUAACGGAGAAGCAUUUUUCUUGGAAUAUCUCCUAGUUAUUAAUGUAUUGUACAAAAGAAUGUUUACUAAAUAUUAACGUGCACAAUCUUCUUUCUAAGAAAAACAGAUAUCUAUUAUUAUUAUGUAUGUAUCAUUCUUUUCUCGUGUCAAAUUUACUCAUAUACUGUUUAAAAUUCAUUGUGUAUGUGUAAUCAAAUUUAUUAUCUGUUGGC